ACUUACUUCAUUCAUUCUCCUGUCUGCCAGACUAGACUUAUCUUUCAUAGGAUUUUUAAAGUUUGGUUAGCUUGUUUUUAAAUCGUUAUAAUGAAGGUCUGUGGUCCUAAAUUAUCGCUGUGCGGUCUGAUAAUAAGUGUUUGGGGGAUUAUACAGUUGGUGUUCAUGGGCAUCUUCUACCAAGUGAAAAGUGUUGCUUUGGCUGAGGAUUUACCCCACAUACACGAAGCUACGUUUGCUACCGUUGAAGAAUUUUACACAGAGGCAGACAAAGGAUACAGCUUGAACGCGUACAACUGCUGGAUAGCUGCGUGUUUGUACGUGUUCACCCUCAUCAUCUCAGGCCAUCAGUUCUACGUCAACAGCCGUUCAUCCCUCAGCAUGUAAAGAACACCCCGAGCUCUCAGAAUGGUUAAGGUUUUGUCUUUAGCGGCUAGCGUUACCCAUACCAGACUGUUGUGUAUAGUUCAAAGUCUUUAAAUUUGUCAAACGUUUUAAGUUCUAAGCACAAUAAAUUAAAAUGGAAUUUCAAUUUAGAAUGAUUAUUGUAAUCCUAGUUAAAUGUAAAAUAAGUGUGAGUGAAAUGUGUUAGCAGUAUUUGAAAAAAGUGUAUUUUAUUUUACAGCAUUAGUAAUCAGAUUAACUUAUGAUGUAACAUUCCUUAAAUUAAAGCAAUAUAUGUUGGUGAAA